AUGACCUUAAGUUCAAGGAUGUCUUACGAAGCCUCGUACAUAAAGGCUAGGAAAAAGUAAGUGGUCUACUAAAGCUGUAUAAAUCACUUUCUCAAUUUUCUUUAAUCCAGUGAUUCAAUUUAAAUGAUUUCGACCAGCUCAUUGCAACAUCGAAACAUUAAAUGGAAAAAUGAGGAUCUUUGAACUUCAAUCUUUUUUGCUCUGGACUUGGUUUAAGCUCACGUACACUCUCAUAAAAUACAAUCUUACUUUUAUUUCGAUUUUUAGGUUAGCUCGAUGUAUGAUUGCUUAAGCCUACGUGUACAUAAGAAGAUUACAACUAUUUUUCAUUGUUUUCUUUUUUCUUCUGCUACUUUUCUACAAUCUUUUCUCUAUUUCUCCGCCAUUUCUCGAAAUAACCGUUUUUGAAGGUCCACUUGAUCGAAACUCGAGUUUCUUGUGGUUGGGAUUUGACGUGAAAGCACCUUUUUGUUUAAACACAUUUCAAGAAUAUUUUCAAUAAAGUCUAUUUAAUUUUAAAGUGUAUUGUAUUUCUUGAUUUAUUUGCCGACGAAAUAGCAAGAAAUGUAAUAUCUUUAGAUUUAGUAUAGAUAUGAUUUCAACAGUAUCCAUGCAAUCUAACAUAAUUUGUUGACAAGGAAACGUACAUUGUUGAAUUACAGGGAAAUAUGGAUUAAAUUUUGAAAUCCAGAAUUUGGGUCUGCAAUUGAAGGCACAAUCUGAAAAACAGAUUUCAACGCUGAGAAAUGUGUCUUUGGAUUUUCUUUCUUUCCUUUUUGGGAAAUCUGAGAAAGGAUUUGAAAAAAAAAUGUUUACAAGCACGGUUUUCUCGCAGAUGCAUACACAUUCUUAGCAGAAAAAAAGAAGACUAUUUCAUGAGAACAGUUUUGCAAAUCCUUUUUUGCAUUCCAAUCAAAUGAUAAAGAAGGAAAGCAAAAUUACACAAUCCAUCUUGAGGACUGAAUUCUCAGAGGUAAAACCCCUUUUCAGAUUUAGCAUUUGAUUGCAAAAUAAAAAAUCAGGAUUUCAAAAUCUAAAUCCAGGUUUUGAUGUGACGUUGUUGCUGUUGCCAUCGUGACUAAUAUUUUUGCUUCAACACAGGGCUGUGAGACAGCUUAAAAGCAACACUGCUCAGCAACUGGAGGUUGAAACAAAGAAAAUGGAGGAGAGGAUUCGUGCAUUGAAAGAACAAAUGUUCAAAGAGAAAGAAGAACGAGAGUAAGUGUCAAAUUGUUGGAAUCUGUAACAUCAUAGUAUUCAAAGAAUGUCCCUGUCCCUUGGGUGUAACAUAUAGAGGAUAUUACAUGGCCACGUGGAGAUACGAAAUUUCUGUUCGAGUGUUGAAAAAUAUGCGCUCACUCGUGAAAUAUUUUUUCAACACGAGAAGAGAAAUGUUGUAUCUCCAAGCGGCUAUGUAAUGUUCUAUUUAUUAUAUAAACAUCAAUGAAAUACCAAACCAUUUCACUUUAAUAGUUUGUUGGUGUGAAGGGCACAAUUUAUUAUGUAGCCAUAGCAAAGGUGAUAUUUUCACAUGUGAAGAUAACAUGUUAUUUUCACAUGUGAAGAUAUCAAGUUUUCACGCGAAAGCUCACCUGGUAUUUCAUUGGUGUUUAUAUAAUAAAGGGACAAAUUUGAAGACAAUAUUUUUUUUGUUCUGCUGUCCUGAAGAGGGUUUAUGAUUUUGUAAACUUGUCCCAAACAAGCUCCUAAUUUUUUGGAAGGGAAUAGCAGAGUGUACGAUGAGCUGAAGGUGAUGCCGGGUUUAAAACCUCGCCAAAACACAAUCCUAGGUCAGGAAAAACGCCAUAAGAUCAUGCUACCUGAGAUUAGAACCUGGGUUCAGUUCAAAUGAAUAUGUCUUUUGGGGUGUGACAGGGCUUGAAAAAAGUCCAUCUGGCAUUUUGGGACAAGUAGAUUUUCUUGCUAGGCAAGUAACUUUUAAAGCUUCCUUCCUGAAUGGGAAAGGGUCCCAGCAAGUCAUCGUCUAACAAAAUCAUCAACUAAGACAUGCAAGAAGUGGCCCCAGGUGAGUAAAAAUGUGAGGGCUGCUUGCCCAAAGGACAAGGUAUAAUAAAUUAAAGUUUUUUUCAAGCCCUGGGUGACAUUAAUAUCGGUCCUUGUCUCCUUCCUCCUUUCUUAUCAAAUUUAAAGGGGACAAUUAAGAACCCUACAGUAGAUACCAUUGGUUUGGUGGAAUCAUCUCAUGUUUUUUUGUUGUUAUUGUUGUUGUUGAGAAAGGACUGUUUUGGAUAACCAAAACAGUUUCUCCACCAUAUCUACUAUCAAAGAUAUUAAAAUAAAAUGAGAUGCGGAUGGGAAAGCACUAUUUCCACAGAGUGAAGACUUCUUAUUUCACUGGAGUAACAAAUCAUUUUUUCGGUGUUUACAUUAAUCUGUUGACAGGAAGCUAGGUGGAACAAGGUGGGUGUCAGGAAAAUCUGGUCCCCUCAACAACCAUGUACAAGAUGUACUCAAGAAAAAGAACCAAAAAACUGAUAAAGUGAGUGCAAUGUUUUGCCUUUCACCUAAAUAUUAUUUGCUCUUAUUUAAUAUAGAUAGACUGCAAAACAGUCGAUAUUUUUGCGUAUUUAAGUGCUCGUGAACAGUCAAACAAAAGCUCUGGAGCAAGGCUAAAACAGAGGGCAAGAUUGAGGAGAGAUGCUACGGACAUGUGAGGCUUGUGUGCUUGGCAUGUGUGAGCUUUUCAUUGCCUGAUCUUCUAGUUCUGUUAAAUAUCUUAUUAAACACAAAAUGCAUUUUUUAAGGUCAAGUUAUAAUAAGGAUGUGUUGUGUAGUUACAUGUAAGUGCUUCUUGGUUUUUGCAGCCUCAGAGGAGAAUUAAAGUCCUUGGAGAUGAACCCUUAGGUGAGUAUUAAACAAAGACAAAGCAAAACAAUAUUAUUUCCUUUUUGUGUCCCACAGUUGUCCUUAUGUGAAGAAUAGUUGUGGUUAGAAAAUUACAAUUAUUGGUUAGCGAAGUGUUGAGUUUUGUGGUUCGCUUUCUUGUUCUUCACAGUUUGCUGUCAGUUUGUUAUUUAAAACUGAACAGUAAAGGGUAUACACAGUGAUUUUGUUACAAAUAGUGGUUAUGGUGAGUCCUGGGACUAUUCUUGUAAAAAAAUCGUGAGUCCUAGUCCAGAACCUUUGAGUCCCUAUUCAAAAGCCCUGGGUCUUCAUGUAACCACGCUGUUACUGCAAAAAAAAUAAAAAUACUGAAAAAAAAUAAAAAUAUACCCCUUCUUUUAUCAAGCACAACAAAGACUAAAAGAAAUAUGCACCAUUAAGCAACAGCUACAAGAACAGCCACAGAAAUCACACAAACAGGAUACUUCAGAUUGAUCAAAUGAUCUUUCAAGUUACGGAAUGCAUACCACAAAUUAUUUUGCGUCUUUGGGGAUUUUUGUGUGUCAGGAACACAGGACGCAGAGGUAACAAAAUCACUGUAUACAGUGAAGUGAAAUCUAUGUGUUGACCUUUUUAGACCCAAGAGUGACCAACAUCAAGUUUCUCCUAACUAUAUCAAAUACAUGUACAUGAUCAAGGCUGGGUUGUAAGAAUUAAUAAAAUCAUCACUAAAGUGAACUUGCUUUGAUCUUAAAACAAAUUUUCUCGACUAGUUUUUCAAGGAAAUGUAUGGAGAUCAGAGUGGAUAAUUUGUAUGUUACUUGAUAUUGGGACCUGUAGCGUUAAGUUGAUUGAAGAGUCCAUACUUUUGCAGAGAGUUACAAAAAGAAAGCAACACCCAGAGCUCAGCAAGUGGACAAUCUUGGUGCUUUAGGAUGUGGUCAGUGUGAGAGGACAAAAGCUACUCUGGUAGGGUUACAUUGUAUUUCUACUCUGUUUACAUGCACUUAAAGGGUUGUUGUUGUUUUUUUGUUGUGUGUUUGUUUGGUUUUUUUCCACAUCACUGAGCAUUAAUUUGUUAAAAACCAACUCAAGAUCUGCAUUGUGAAUCUCAGUAAAUACAUCAUUAUUCCAAUAUGCAUGGUGGCUAAAACCAACAUUUUGUGGCACCAAUAAUGGUUUCCCCACCAAAUAAAGUCUGAGAAACGAGCACAGAAACUCCAUACUGAUGGCGCGUCACUACCUACAACCCCAGACAAAACUAUUGAGACAUUUCAAGGCAAUUUUCAAUUUCGCGCCAUGCAAUCUUCGUGUCCAAAAGGAACAAAUUUGCCCCCCUCUCCACCCCUUGUGCAAUGUUGUUUUGGCCUAACAGCUCAAGUGUGCAUUUCUUUUGUUAUCGCAAACAACAUUGCAAAAGGAGAGGGGGGAAACGGUCUUUUAAUUUGCGACGGUAAGCAUUUUUGUCAGGUUGAGUGAAGAAAAUAGGUAUUUUUGUAUUAUGUGUCUCAACAGGUUUUGUCCGAGGUUGUAGAUCUGGGCAGGGCAGUGCUCCUGAUUUGUUAGAAAUUUGCUUCAUUUAAUCAGAAGCACUACCCAGUGACGCGUCAUCAAUAUGGAAUUUCUGCACUUGUUUCCCAGACAUCAUUUUGUUGGAAAACCAGUGGUGUCACAAAAUGUUGGCUAUCUUCUAAUCUUAGACUAAGUUAUUGGGAGACAUCUGUAAAUGCCGCAAGCUAUCAACAGAGAAAAACAUCUGGGUUCUUGACAGGAUUCUGAGACUGAAAACCAGCCUUUAGGCAAUAUUUACAGUUAUAGUAAUGUUGCAUCUUGUUGUUUCCAGGUCUGUGUGGAUUGUUCUGAAAAAUACUGUGUGAGUUGCUUCAUGUCUUUUCAUCAAAAGGGAGCACUGAAGAAGCACACAACCCAAACAGUUGAACAGGUGUGUCUUGUAUCAUUAACUGCGCUUGUAUCAGUGCUUUACUGUGUUUCAUAGUGCUUGGAGUAGAAGGUUGCAAAGCUUUGUAUGUUUAUAGACUUGAUACCUUUUACUGAUUUUGCCACUAACGUCAAAUGUUUUUGUUUCAUAGUAUGAGGCAGGACAACUUGAGGAAAAGGAAAUCAAGAGUUCCAUGAAUGCUAAACAAGAAAUAUCACCUCGAAAGCAAGUCUCCAGGUAUGAUGGUAACUUUUUUAGUAACCAGUUUGUGUCAAUAAAGUUUUUUGAUGCAACUGUUUUUUCAUGUGAUGCAAAUAAAGACUUGAAAGCUCAGUCUCACUAUUAAUGUUUUUUUCAGGGUGACCAGCCACUCUCAAGCAAAAUCUCCACAGGUAUGAAAGAAAGUUUGUAGUUCUUUCACGAGUAAUUUGUUAGGUCAAUCAUCAAGUUGUUUCCUAGUAAUACUGCAACUGGACAUUCAAAUUUACUUAAAUCCACCCACGACCUUCGACAAAUUUGCGAGACACUUCUUGUCCCAUCUCCCCUGCACAAAAGUGAAAAUCGUUUGUCCUUUGCAAAAGUACGCCUUUAAACAUUACUGUAAUGGAGGGAUGGGGUUAUACUGUCUACACUGAGAAAGUGUCCCAAUGAUAUUUGUCUGAGUUUAUAGAUUAACAGUACAAAUUCAGAGGUGGUGUAACAGCCUUUGAGAAGGUCGUUUACAAGUUUUACAUCUUUUUCUUUCCACCUUGAUUCCUUUUUUGUAGUCGAGUGAUUCUUCAGUACGCCAAGGCGGAUCCCUCCUGCAGGGUUCUUAUGAUGAAGAAGCCAGUGCACAAUCUUUUGCGCAGGCUCUCAUGGAAUGGAGAAGCGCUGGUAAAACAGAGAAGAUGUGGACAAACCCAAGUGUACCCAGAGGUAUUUGAACAUUACAGUCUAUCGCCUAUAGGUUAUCUAAAUUAACUAUGUAAAUUUAUCAAAAUUGAGUUGCUUUUUUGGUUUGUGUUUCUUGUCUUUAUGAAUAGACUAGAGUCGUGAAUUUUUUUUUCAUUUUUAUUCUAAUUGAUAUUUAAGAUCGGGCUUGAAAUCGAAAGAUGCGCAAAAGAGAGAGGACGUCGAUGUUCCCCUCCCCCCUUCCCUCGUGCACCCUUUGCGUUCUCGCUUGUCCGAUUAGUUUUCAGUUUUCCCCAGGCUCCUUUUCGAGUGGCCGCCACGCAAGUUAAUACAGGUGAACGCUGUGGUCCUAAUACUUUCAUUGUAUUUACAGGCACCUCGUGUGAAACAAGCACCACGCCCGAGGUUCCCAAAACACAGGAGAUUAAACUAAAUUUUGGCCCCAACAAGUCUCUGAGCUAUCUUGACCGUAUGUUGCUGAAAAAGCACCAAAGUAAUCCAAACUUCGUCUCUCGGCAAACUCCUUUGAAAGAUUUUCAAGGCAAUAGCAAAGACCCAAAGUCAGACAGCAGCCCACAGCGAGAAAUUGAAGUCGAAAACCAACUAGGCACGAACUACCGUGAGAUUUUUCAGAGUUUAGGUGCAUUAAACAAGAAAAAUGCGCGAGAAAACGGAGUGGCAAGUGUUGCUGCAUCCAGAGGAGUGAUAGCGAUUGAGGAGAUCACCGAUGAUGAAUUAAGCGCAGAGGAAACAACUGCUUGUAUAGUUGACGAACAAGAUUCUCAUCCUCACCCCCAGUCCCAAAGUAGACCUGUGUCACGGUCUGGGAGAGUCAGUAUUACGUGCAUGACCCCCAGGGGAAAUUUUGAAGCUGAUAGCGAUGCGUUGGUGUUACGAGAUGUUUCACCUGUAUCUUCUGUCAGCCCUUCCUCGGAACAGACGUCGCCCUUUUCAAGGCUUGGUGUAAGAGGGGCUAAUUCUCGAACGGGACAGCACAUAGCGAAACACUCCCAAAUCAAGCAGCAGAGCGAUGGAUUAUCGGCAAGAGUAUGGAGUCCACAGCCAAGCCAUAUUGGCCUCUCCGAGUUUUUCCUCGCUGGCGUAAAAGACGGAUCACCCUCAGGAAGACGAUCUCGUGAGACGGUGUCUGCAAUUAGCUCGUCACAAAUUAAACCCGAUAAUUUAAGCCAGACACUAUUAGCACGUAAUGUGUGGAAACCACAGGAGAGUUUUCUGGAAAAUGAGGUCAGUCAGCAAAGAGGCGCGGAGGAAGUUAAUACCAGUGGCAGUGAAGUACGUCCACAAAGCCCCCGCCCUAUUAUUCCUCUUUUGCGUGAGCCAACUUUAUCAGCGAAAAGCCGCGACAGACCUGACUCUAAAUCCUCCACAAUAGCCAUGCCUGUUGGAACUGACAUCGUGUAUGAUGCUCAGAUUCACGACUUCGGAAUUGUGGAUUUCCUAAAGACGCAGCCACCAAAUGGCUUCGAAGAUUACAGCCUGGUGCACCGCGUUUCAACUGUUUCAGAGCUGACGCUUAGUCCAAACCCACCAGUGUUUCACUGGUCUGAUGACAGCGAUGAUGACUUCUUAGAACAGCUCUGUUCCCGAGUCACUCAAGAUGAGCUGCGAGCGGACCAAGACGAGGCUGACCGUGCGACUUUGACUAACCUUGCUUGGGAACUAGCCUCGACUACAGGCAGGUUGACUCAGUGUGAGUUGGAGGAUGAGGAAGAGACUGGGGAGGAGAAAGCAGGUAGUGAAGAUGAAUUUGAUGAGGAUAGCAUUGAAAAUAAUGACUUGGGAUCGGGAUUGAGCUCCAGCGAGGAAGAUACACCCAUUGACAGUUACAGUGCGAAUGCAAACAGAACCAGAGGCGAUGAUGAUGAAACUGCUUUAUCCGAAGCGGAAGUUCAUGCUUUGAAGUGA